CGCUCCCUCUCGCUGCCUCUCCGUCUCUGACACACUCAAACACACGCAUAUACACGCCCUCCACCCCCAUCGCUGCAGUGUCUCAACUGCCUUGAAGCAAACAAGAGAGGAUAUAGAACACAGACGUUAAUGAGAGCGAGAGAGAGAGAGAGAAAGAGGGCCGCGGGAAGAGAGAGAUGUAUAUGUGACUGUUUCACCCUGUGAACAUGAGGAAGGCAUGAAGAUGGAGCAGCAGGACUAAAGGUGGCUUGUACAGAGCCUUUCUCACCCUGCAAAGGCUUGUCUGCAGUAUCCUUUGUAAAUGGAUGCUGGCUUGUGAACACGAUUUGGAGGCCUUCAGUUGACUGGGAGAUAUCUCACCACAGGAAGACCAAGCAAAACAGGCCAAAGAUAAAACUUUGGUGGAUGAUUUCAGAGGCUGCAGAAGGGCAAAACACUGCAAGAGCCAUGUGGGAAGAUAGUGAAAGGGGUUUGCUGUUUGCUCGCAUCAAGCCGAAACACUUUCUCUACUGACAUACACUGAACGUUCUCGAACCUUCCUCCAGAACAUUUCCUCAGGGGGAGCCCCUGCUAUGAACCCCAGCUCGAUUGGCUUCAGUAGGCAGUCAGACCUCAGAGCCAGCCACUGUGUGGGCAUCCCACAAGUCUGGGUUCUGCCCACACAGAACUCACAGACUGCCCCUGAACAAAAAGCAUGAAACACUCCUGAGUCACUCGUCAGUGUGGUAGCUUUCCUAUCUUGUCCUCAACUGGUCUAUUGUGAAAUAUCUUCUUUCUCUAUCUCUGAAGGCUCGUACACGCAAACCCCCCUCUUCAAUCCUUCUACCACCACAUAUUCAAUCACCACUUCAUUACUAUUUGCUUCCCCAUUAAGUAGCAGCACGAGUUCCUUUGGGUUUACCACGUGGUGGAGGACCAUGGGAUGCCGUCAGAGCUCGGAGGAGAAGGAAGCGGCGCGGCGCUCGCGGCGGAUCGACCGCCACUUGCGCUCAGAGAGUCAGCGGCAGCGGCGUGAGAUCAAACUGUUGUUGCUGGGCACCAGCAACUCUGGCAAGAGCACCAUAGUCAAACAGAUGAAAAUCAUCCACAGUGGAGGCUUCAACCUGGAAGCCUGCAAGGAGUACAAGCCACUCAUCUUGUACAAUGCCAUCGACUCUCUCACCCGCAUCAUCCGUGCUCUCAGCACUCUUAAAAUUGACUUUCACAAUCCUGACCGCGCCUAUGAUGCUGUGCAGCUCUUUGCCCUCACAGGGCCAGCUGAGAGCAAGGGGGAGAUUACUCCAGAGCUGCUAGGGGUAAUGAAACGUCUGUGGGCAGACUCAGGGGUCCAGGAGUGCUUUCAACGAUCCAAUGAAUACCACUUAGAGGACAACACUGCCUACUACCUAAAUGACCUGGACCGCAUUUCUGCACCCGAGUACAUCCCCACUGUCGAGGACAUCCUACGAUCCCGUGACAUGACCACUGGGAUUGUGGAGAACAAGUUCACCUUCAAGGAGCUCACCUUCAAGAUGGUAGACGUGGGCGGACAGCGUUCGGAGAGAAAGAAGUGGAUUCAUUGCUUCGAGGGCGUGACAGCAAUCAUUUUCUGUGUUGAGCUAAGCGGCUAUGACCUCAAACUCUACGAGGACAACCAGACGAGCCGUAUGGCCGAGAGCUUGCGUCUGUUCGACUCCAUCUGCAACAACAACUGGUUCACCAACACGUCGCUCAUCCUCUUCCUCAACAAGAAGGACCUGUUGGCUGAGAAGAUAAAACGCAUUCCCCUGACAGUGUGCUUCCCCGAUUACAAAGGUCAAAACACCUACGAGGAGGCAGCUGUCUAUGUGCAACGGCAGUUCGAGGACCUCAACCGCAACAAGGAGACCAAGGAGAUCUAUUCGCACUUCACCUGUGCCACCGACACCAGCAACAUCCAGUUCGUGUUUGAUGCUGUCACGGACGUGAUCAUCCAGAACAAUCUGAAAUACAUUGGGCUAUGCUAGGACCUGACACGGGUGGGGUGGGGUGGUGGUAGGGGGUGAAAAGCGGGCUGCCGUUAGCCUGCCGUGAGGCUGGAUAAACAAAGGCAUGUUAGCCUGCCUGGCAGUUUAUCUCUUUGAAGAGGGGGCAACAAAGGACUGGAAAGGAAAUGAGUUAGUAAGACAGUGAGGGAUGGACAAUACUGUAGAUUCAAGUGUUUCAAUGGAAACAACAGAGCUGAUGGUCCAUGGUUGAGGUGGGAUUUCUACCCUACAUGUUUGCACUGAAUAUGAGUAUGCAGAGACACCCAAACACAUGCACACCAACACGCAUCCUUAUAGUUUGCUCACACGUGCGAUCUUCAGUCAGACACUGGUUUGACAAGGCAACACUGGAAAAUUUUUAGACAGCUGCCCCCAACUGCCUGUCAAACCUGAAACCUGUAAUGGCGGUUUCCAGUUACCGUUGUCUCCUUUGUUUCAUUUGCCUGAGUCAGUUAAUGCUGCUUUAUUGAAAAUAAUUUCUGCAGAAUCAAUGCUCUCUUUCGGCUUUUCACCCAAACAAUAGUAAACGGCGAGGGCACCUGAGGAGACACAGAUAUAGAGACAGAGAGAGAGCCUGUAUUUCUGGGGAAAUAGAAGUCAGUAAACAUGACGUCACAGGUUUUCUGCCUAAAAGAGGAAACUGCCACAGUCUAAAGUCGAAGUGAAAUAUGUUUUCUACGCACCAUUUCUGUUCUUUCCUUAUCAGCUGUCUGUUGUUGUUCUUUUCCUCUCUUUCUUUUAUCUUUUUGUGCUUUAAAAAAAAAAGAAAAAAAGAACAUGUCUCUCAAACCAGCUUUUACAGCAGGUCCCUGACUUAUAAUACCAGGAGUAUGUUACGCUCGGAAGAGUCAAAAGUAUUUUUCAUUACCGUUUCCAGCAAGAGACAAAAAAAAGCAGUGCCAAGAUCAGUUUGUAAAUAAAUCUGGAUCCCGUCCUUUAUCUUAAUUUUUUUUCUUUUUUUGGUUUAGUUUUUAUGGACGAAGACAUUAAAUCAUGCAUGAUUUUGUUACUUUGGGAUACUAAUAUAUUUUCUUUGGGAUUAUGAUCCUCUUUUCCUAGGUUCUAAAUAAUAUAUUCCCAAAAAUAUAUAUUAAAGUCAAACACUGUGUACGAUUGUACAGUUGUCAGAGAGGAAUCUAUUGAAAAGAGUUAUAUAAAUAUUAUAACGAUGAUCAGAAUUUUUAUGGCGACAAUGCUAACGGCGAUGAUGAAUAUACUGGUGAUGAAGAUAACCUCACUACAGAAGCUUGGGGGUGGAAGGGGAGACUGUAGAAGAACCUGAAAACAAAGAAGCAAACUUUCAAAGUUCAAUCGUCCUUGCAUUAUCUAAAUGGAAAUUGUUAAACCAGUCAGUCAGUAUGAUGUGUAAAUAUACUGUAAGGUACACUCUUUGUUCAAACAACAUGAAAAAUAACGGUUGAGUUGGGAUGCUGGGAGUGUGAUAAAGAGAGAGUGAGAGACAGAGGAGGAAGAUCCCACUCCACUCCUCCUCUUACCCUUUCUUUUUUUAGUUCAGAGAACAACUCAGCCAAGGGCUUGACUUUACGGGAUGUCCACUUCAACAACAGACUAAAACGAUGAAACAAACAAACAAAAAAAAGACGUAUAAAAGGACAAUAACUAUUAAUAAAACAACUUAUGCAAAUUUUUAUGGUGUAGUAAAUGUGUUUUUGGGUGGUGAUUGUGUCAACAGUGUUUUAAAUGUGUUCGGGAGGGGAAUGUUUAUAGAGGACGGACCGCCGCAGGCCCUCCGUAUUCUUUCGUAAUUAUGCUGCAUCGAGUGAUUUUUUUGCAACUCGGACUAGAGCACCCUGUCUGAAACUUUGCUUCCAUCUUCAGUGUCCAAACGAUGACAAAAAAGUGUUUGUCCUCUCCGUACAAUGUAGCCACUGGGCCAAGCAGAACUCGGACCUAAAGUAUGCAAUUAAAUCACUGCAGAAUGAACUUGGCCUACGUGUGAUUGGGUGACGGUGCACAGCAGCACGCAGACUUCAUUCUAAUUAGUGUAUAAACUCCAGCAUCACCCAACGGGUCUGCCAGCUGGGCUGAUAGAGUCCACAAAUAUUUUUGGAUUUUUGCACUUCUUAGUCUUUAGUCAAGUAGUCAUUUCAAACUCCCCAUAAUCUAAAUGAAGAAGAUAUGCUAUUAUAAAAUACUUUCACUGUACUCAAACCUAUAAUAGGAUGAUAUGACCCUGUGGCCAUCCUACUACGCUCAAGUGCAACAAACUUUUUCGUGUUUAAACUUAUUGAUUUGGCUUUCAGUAUGUCACACAGGGGACCAUGCGUUAAAUAAAACUACUACUGUUUUCCCUUUUA